AUGGUGAACCAACGCAGUGGACUAGGAUAUGAGAACAGUGAAUCCUCUAACCCCAACCCCGACCUAGCUCAAAUCAUGCAAGCACUCGUAACAGCGUUAAAUGCCAACCGCCGAAACCAAAACCGCGAUGAUGAACCUAUGACCCGAACCCGAGAGAUGAACGAAUUUUGCAAACGCCGACCUCCGACCUUCAACGGAGAUACCAACCCCACUAUGGUUGAAACAUGGCUGAAGGAAGUUAAGGUGAUCCUGGACACCCUGAAGAUUACCCAAAAUGGAGAUCCCACCAUGACAUUUGCCAAGUUCGAAGCCCUAUUCCUCGACAAGUACUUUCCUACGCCCCUUUGUUUGGCCAAGGAACAAGAGUUCCUAAACCUGAAACAAGGAACGAUGACCGUCACUCAAUACGCGGCCAAGUUUGAGGAACUGUCCCAUUACACCCAAACUGUCGUUGCAAUGGAGGACAAGAAGGCGAGAAGGUUUGAGUGGGGGCUGACCACUGCUAGAAGGGCUGUGGUAGCUCAGGCUUUUCCCACCUAUUUCGGUGUUGUGAGUUGUGCUCUUCGACUGGAGAGUGAAGAGAAUGACUUCAAAACCCGAUGGAGGAAGGCGAUAGGCAACACCGACGGACCGAUCCGAACUCAACAUUCCAACAACAACCGCGGACCCUACCCUACCCUACCAAACCCUUCACCCCGUCGCAAAACAACCAACAUUGGAAGACUGCUGCACCAGGACGAGGCGAACCGCAGAGGGGCGGUAGAAACAUAG